AUGCCAGCCACUGAAACUCAAAAUACUAAUGAAAGUCAGUUCGUUCAGUCGGACGUGAAUGAUAAACAAGUGUCUACACCUUCAAAAGCAGUCACGAAAGCCAGUUCACCAAAGACUACUCCACCUUCUUCUCCGGUUAAUAAUAAAAAGAAUGGCGCGUCUUCUAAAAAGAAGCCACUGGAUCCUCAGGAACUUAAUAAUAUGAUUCAAAAUAAAAUUUCUCAACUCGAAAAUGAAUCGUCAAUUGAAGACGAAGAAGAAAAAUCCAUUGCAAAAGCUGUUAAAAAGGCAAGCAAAGAAAUGAAGGAAAUUAUCAAUUCUCAUGAUGAUCAAAUGGAGAAAUUUGAUACAAUACAACAAAAAUAUAUGGAAUUGUUUCAAGAUAUGAAACGACUCGAACGAGAACAUGCUAAAAUGAAGAAACGUAAUGAACAAUUACAAAAAGAGAAAGAUGCAGCAAAAAGUGACUUGUCCAAAACGAAUUCCAUGAAACAUAAAUUGGAAAAUAUCUGUCGUGAAUUACAAAAGGAAAACAAACGUAUUAAGGAAGAAAGCAAACGUUUAGCCGCAAGUGAACAACAAAAACGUGAAGAGUUGUCUA